CUAGCCUCCAGUGAAACCCUACACUUUCCACUCUGGCUGUUCCCUCCCACUCUGUCCACCCAUCCACAAGGGGCGACGUUUUGGAAUAUUAUCACCUGAUAAUGAUGCUGCUGCUCUGGUGCUGAUUCAGACUGUGAGUGCUGGAGGCUGAGAGAGAGACGAUAACCUCCAAUAACACUGACUGACUGACAGGCCAGACUGGACAGCUUGAUGGUGGUAGGAAGCUAAACCAAACAGACUGCAGCCAAGGCCGAGAUGGAAUUACGGCUGGGAUUUAGGAUCACUCUGGUCUGGGUCAUCCUGGCCUUGACUAUUUCCAGUGAGACAGUGGAAGCACAGAGGGCAGGGUGUAAAAACGUCCACUAUGACUUGGCAUUUAUCCUGGAUACCUCAUCCAGCGUGGGAAAGGAGAACUUUGAGAAGAUUCGGCAAUGGGUGGCCAACCUGGUGGACUCUUUUGAUGUGGCGCCUGACAAGACAAGAGUAGCUGUAGUUCGCUACAGUGACAGACCCACCAUCGAGUUUAACCUGGGGCGAUACAGGACCCUGGAAGAUGUGAAGCGAGCUGCCCGUAACAUACGCUAUAUUGGGGGAAAUACAAUGACCGGGGACGCUAUCAGCUACACCACCACCAACAUCUUCACAAUACGAAAUGGAGCAAGACCAGAAGCCAGAGGCAUCCAGAAGGUGGCCAUCCUGCUCACAGACGGCCGAAGUCAGGAUUAUGUUCUGGAACCCUCUAAGGCAGCUGCCAAAGCCGGCAUCAGGAUGUUUGCUGUGGGCAUCGGGGAGGCUUUGAAGGAAGAGCUGGAAGAGAUUGCAGCUGAGCCAAAGAACGCUCACGUCUUCCAUGUGACCGACUUCAACGCUAUAGACAAAAUCAGGGGCAGGCUGAGAAGGAGGUUGUGUGAGAAUGUCCUUUGUCCAAAUAUGAAGGUCCAACCUGAUCGCUUUAAGCCCAACAGUACCAGUUAUGGUCUUGAAGAAGUUCCAGGGUUUGACCUGAUGGAGUACUUCAAUGUGAAAGAUAUUCUGGGAACCAGAGAUGAUGAUGGCCUGAGUUCAUAUGUUCGCCUUGGAACCAUGCCGAUAGUCCAGCAAACAGAACAUGUGUUUCCUCAAGGUUUGCCAGAUGAAUAUGCCUUUGUGACAACAUUCAAAUUCAGAAAAGCCUCAAGACGUGAAGAUUGGUACCUCUGGCAGAUUUAUGACAAAUAUGGAAUCCCACAGGUGUCCAUCCGUCUGGACGGUGAAAACAAGGCAGUGGAGUACAACGCUGUCGGGCUGACAAAAGACGCUGUCAGAGCUGUGUUCAAGAACCCCGAAGUUGACAACCUGUUUGACCGCAACUGGCACAAGAUUGCCCUGAGUGUUGAAGCCAAGUCUGUGUCUUUGUACCUGGACUGCAAACUCAUCCAGACCUUGCCAAUUGAAGACAGGGAGGACAUAGAUAUCCAGGGAAAGACAGUAAUUGGGAAGAGGUUGUAUGACAGUGUGCCAAUUGAUUUUGACCUCCAGAGGAUGAUGAUUUACUGUGAUUCCAAGCACGCAGAGCUGGAAACUUGCUGUGAUCUCCCCAGUGGGCCUUGCCCUAAGAAAGUUGUGACAGAGGCGCCACCUGUGCAGAUUCUCACUCCAACACCUACUGUUGUGGAACAAAAGAGAGGUCCUCAAGUGAACUGCUCCUGCCCUGCAGGAGAGAAGGGAGACAUCGGUGCACCCGGUGUUACAGGCCCAAAGGGUGAAAAGGGGGAAUAUGGCCCUAAAGGUGCUACCGGACCACCGGGCAUCAAAGGAGAAAAAGGAGAAACUGGCAAAGUAACCUCUGUUAAAGGUGACAGAGGUGAGAAGGGUGAUAGAGGCACUAUAGGUUUGACAGGUGCUCCUGGACAAAAAGGAGAGAAGGGUCUAGGUGGUGUGCCAGGAAUUGAUGGAUUAUCUGGUGACAAAGGUGACAAAGGUGAGCCAGGUGCAGCUGGUACUCCAGGGCAACAAGGCCCAGCUGGACAGAAGGGAAUCCAAGGUGAUGCAGGAACUCCUGGUGCACCCGGACCUAAAGGUGUUGCUGGUGAUUCUGGUAUAAAAGGGGAAACAGGGACUCCAGGAGCCAAGGGUCAAGUGGGACAGGAUGGAUUACCUGGAAAACCGGGGCUUCCUGGGAAGGAUGGUUUAACAGGACUGGUGGGAGCACCUGGGCCCAGUGGAAUUAAAGGCACCAAGGGGGAGAGAGGACUUCCUGGGUUACCUGGGGAUUCGGUGCAACAAGAAGGCCUACGGGGUGAAAAGGGAGAUGCUGGACCUCCUGGGCCUCCAGGAGCAGAUGGCCCCCCAGGGCCUCCUGGUGUUCCUGGUCCACAAGGUCUACCUGGUGAACCUGGCGAGUUUGGCCAAAGGGGGAAGAAAGGUGAAAGUGGACUUCCUGGAGUGGAUGGACUUCCUGGACCUCCUGGGCCACAGGGGCCACCGGGGCCCACCGGCAUGCAAGGACACACUGGACCACCUGGUCUGCCUGGUGAAUUGGGAUUUACGGGCAAACCAGGAGAACCAGGAAAACCCGGACUUCCUGGGAAAGAUGGCCUGGAUGGUCUUUCUGGCAGCGAUGGCACGCCGGGCCCCAGGGGAGAGCGGGGAACAGAUGGUUUUCCUGGCAAGCCUGGGCCUAAGGGUGAUGAUGGGCCUCCAGGACCAAGAGGUCCUCCAGGAGAGAGAGGAGAAGCUGGUGCCCCUGGACAACCAGGUGGUGAUGGUGCAAGAGGAGAAAGAGGUGUCCCGGGAGAAAGAGGAAUAGAAGGACCACUUGGGCCAAAGGGUGAAAAGGGCGACAAGGGUGAAGUGGGAGCUCGGGGACCACCUGGUGUUCCAGGAAAUGUUGCAAAUGUCAUCCCUGAGCCCGGUGAACCUGGGAAACCUGGAGAAAAAGGAGAGAAGGGGGAUCAAGGAAAACCAGGAGAGAUGGGUCCAAGAGGGUUACCUGGUGAGCAAGGCUUUAGUGGACCACCUGGAGCACCUGGUCCGAAGGGUGAAGCUGGACCAACGGGAGAGACGGGACGUGUUGGAGACCCCGGUCCACCUGGUCUGGCUGGUACACAGGGUCCUCGUGGAUUACCAGGAAAUGUGGGCAUACCAGGGAUCAUUGGGCCUCCUGGUCCAGCUGGACAAAGAGGAGACAAGGGUGAACCAGGUAAACCAGGACAAUCUGGUCCCCAAGGCCCACCAGGAGAGCCUGGUAUGACUGGACCCCCUGGACCAACAGGAAAGGGAAAAGAUGGGCUAAAUGGAGAACCAGGACCACAGGGGAUUCAAGGACCACCAGGACCAAAGGGCCUACCAGGGUCACGUGGUCAGCCCGGGUUACCUGGGGACAGGGGUCCUUCAGGGGAAGGGACAACAGGACCGCCGGGACUUCCAGGGAAGAAUGGGGAACCAGGACCUGCGGGUUUGAGGGGUCCACCAGGAAUUGCUGGUCCUCAGGGCCCAGCAGGGCACAAUGGUCUACCAGGAAGACCAGGAGAAAAGGGAUCACCAGGAGAGCCUGGGAAAGCAGCAGAUCUUUCUGACCUGAACCUGAAGGAUGUUUGUUCAGACUGCCCUGCUGGCCCACCUGGACCACCUGGUUUACCAGGAGUCCCAGGAGAUAAAGGACAUCAGGGACCUCCAGGAAAAAAUGGCCAAGAUGGAUACCAAGGCCCGUCCGGACCAGCCGGACCUCAAGGGCCCCCAGGAGCCGAUGGAGGAAAGGGCACAAAGGGUGAUCAAGGACCUCCAGGAAGCCCUGGAGACAAAGGAGACAAGGGUCACCCAGGACCCCCUGGCCACCCAGGUGCUGCUGGAUUAAUGGGUGCACCUGGUAACGAUGGACAGCCUGGACCUGUGGGUCCCCCAGGGUCCCCUGGAGAAAAGGGCAAAGAGGGUCUCAAAGGAAUCCAGGGACCGCCGGGUCUUCCUGGCUUGAUAGGCCAGCCUGGAAAAAUGGGCAAAGAUGGCAGACCAGGUGAACCCGGAGAAUCUGGCAAGCAAGGUGAACCUGGACUGCCUGGAAAUCCUGGACUCAGGGGGCUUCCUGGUUUCAAAGGCCACAGAGGAGAACCAGGAACUCCAGGAUCUAAGGGAGAAGAUGGAAAACCUGGAUCACCUGGGCAUGAUGGCAAACCCGGGAAGGAGGGUCUCAAAGGACCACCAGGCCCAGAAGGACUUGUUGGGCCAAGAGGAGAACCGGGCAAGUCAGGUGAACCAGGACCAUCUGGAAAAUCAGGUGUCCCUGGAACACCAGGUCUUAGGGGAGACAAGGGAGAAGCUGGCAACCCAGGAUUACCAGGCUUCAGUGGGCCUAAAGGCCCCGCAGGUCCACCUGGUCCCAUUGGCCCAGAGGGAAAACAGGGAAUGACUGGCAGAGUUGGUGAUCGUGGCUUCAAAGGAGAAAAGGGAGAUCCAGGUACGAAAGGAGAUAAAGGACAUGCUGGCGAUCCAGGUAUGCCGGGAAACCCUGGCCCCCCAGGCAGGAAAGGUCACACAGGGAUGAUGGGUAUGUCGGGACCACCAGGAGAAAUAGGAGCCCCAGGGCCACAGGGACCUUCAGGAAAUCCAGGUCUCCCAGGCCAAAGGGGAGAGUCAGUGUCACUGGAGCAGAUGAGACGGCUCAUCCAGGAGGAGCUGGCAAAACAAUUAGAUGCAAAAAUGGCCUACCUCAUGGCUCAGAUCCAGCCAGCCCAUGUAAAGAGCACAGCAGGCCGACCAGGACCUCCAGGCCUUCCAGGUAAGGAUGGCAGCACUGGACGACCAGGACCCCCUGGAGAACCAGGUAUGCCUGGACAGAAUGGAGGAGAAGGACCUAGGGGACCCAUGGGCCCUAAGGGUGAGAAAGGAACACGGGGAGAAAAGGGAGAACCUGGUAUCGCUGAAAGAGGAGAGACAGGCCCUCCUGGUCCUAUAGGCCCAGCCGGUAUGCCUGGAUACGGCAAAGAUGGAAGCCCAGGACAAGCCGGAGCCCAGGGAGAGCCAGGAAACCCCGGCCCUCAUGGUUUGCCUGGGCCUCCAGGUCCUACUGGCCAGUGCGAUCCCACCCAAUGUGCCUACUACGCCAGCCUGGCACAGAGACCCCACACUAAAAACGUGAAGGGGACCUAAAAAGCCGGAGAUGCACAGAACUGGAUGUCCGGCUGUAUUUAUGAACUUGGUCAUGUCAGUCUGAAUCAAGAACUCCUCUUUUUCAAAGUAACCUCAGUAUGGAGGGCUGAAGCAACAGGUGCUGCCGGUCAGAUUCUUUGUUUUUAUUUUGUGGUACCAAGCUUGGGAUGGUUGGGGUUUAAGCAACAUGGGACAUUUCUCAGAUCAUGGGGCACAGAGGGCAGCUAACAGUUUUAUUUUCCUCACCUUCAUGCUUCCUGUAACAUAAAUGGGGAGAUAACAAGGAUGUUGCAACCAAGCCCCCUUCAAAGUAUCCCAGCUUUUCAUGUCAUUGUCUGCUCAUUAAACUAAUCUCCUCAUAGGGAUCUUCUGCCGGUCUGAUGGUUACUACUCAGUCAAGGAAGUUUUCUGUUUUACUAAAGGGGGGCAGAUGGUGUGGGGCGAUCACUAGAAGUGAUCUGUGUAGGAGUGCUAAUUAGUCAGUGUGGAGUGAUGAAUACCCACAUUUGUACACUACACAGUGUUAUUACUGUAUGUCGCCUUGUUGUGGAUCGUCUCAGCAAAUUCAAACAGACUAAAAAUGAAAUAAAUUCCCUAGAAAUGUACCUUUAAACAAAUUGCAGUUUUGGUUAAUUUAUUAAAAUGACUGACUUUGGACAACAAUAAACAAGAUUUAUUCUGGGACAUCUACGACCCAUAAAUAAGCAGCAAUUUAGCCUAAAUUUUGUUUGAGGGACAAUUUAAGAACUCAUAUCGGUUUAUUAGAGAUUUAUAUCAGAUUUUAAGAGAAUAUUUUUCAACUUCCUUUCCAAUCUUUUAGUUGUUCGAGGUUCAUACACAGCAAUCCUCUUUAAAAACAGAUGUUCUGACAGGAAGCGAUGCCGUUGUUAGUUUUACUUGAGACUGUUAAUUUGUUGUCCAGAAAAGAUUAUAGGGAUGGUAUUAUUGCAAACCUUGUUUACUUUCAACAAAGAACUUUUAUUUUCACAUCUCUUUCUCUAAAUGUGUCACUUCUGUGUGUUCGGUGAAGCUUAUUAAAUGUCCACGCUGUGACAGGGCCUGGACAGCUCAUUGAUUUUCUUAUUUGAUCCCUGGAACCUAAAUUUGAAGAUACUUUCUUGUAUCUCUAUGACCAAGUUAUGGUAAUCAUUGUUGUUCCACCAUCAAACAUGCUUUUCUAAUUUAACUGGUGUGAUAUAUAACUUCUUAACUACUUUUGCAAAAUAUAUCAGAUUCAUCUCAUUCAAAAUGCAGAAGUAAGUAUUAUUAGGAAAAUUUCAACCUGAGUUAGCCAAGACUUACAAUAUGACCUACUACAAUAGAAAGAAGAAUGUUGUACCAUUUAGUUGUGGUAGUGCUGGUUGGUGAUGGUUGAAUUACUUUUUCUGUUCAUUUGUAAACCCUGGAUUCCACCAGAUGUGGUGAUACUUAAUCCGCAGUGUGGCUUAUUUCAGAAGUUAUCUAAGUGUCUUGGCACCUAAUGCCAAAAAUAUUCCAGAUAAACUAACAGCAACGAGAACCUCGUCAGUUUUUAAGAAUACAACCUUCAACAACCUUUCAAUUGUAUAAGGUAAUAAGUAACCAAUCAGAGGAUUUUAAUUGUGGACAAUGAAAGGUUCAGCAGAAGACAGAAGUUAAAUGAUCUGGGAGUAGAGGGCAAGUGACUGAACUUUGAUCAUAAAGUAAUCUGUGGUUUUAUUCAGACAGACAAAUGCAGUGCUUUUGACAUUAAGCCACUUGAACAGCCAUUAAGUGAUACCAACAUGUUUGAUGGAAUCUGGAUGCAGAAAUUCUAAUAAUUGUUACUAGAACUGUGAAAUAUUUCUUCUUACAACUAAUAAACUGUAUUCAUGAUCAGUA